AUGCUCCCUUCCCAACUGAACGGCUCGCCGAAGCGGGCCAACCCGUUUGCGCGGUCCUCACCCUCCCCAGCACCCCAGUCCCAACCGCGUCCCAAGUCUGCUAUCAUAACACCGUCAAAUGGGAUAGAAUCAGCACGGGGUCAUCUGCGCAACUCAUCUGUUUCUCAAAUUUCCACCACACUGUCUCCAGCCUUGGCCAAUCGGGAACGGUCCAACUCGGUCCGGAAAGAUGCGUCAUCAGGAACAUUCGCGCCCAGCUUUAUCAAGUCCGAAGAGUUACGACGCGGCGCAGAUCAAAUUCGAGGCCUAGAAGGCGACAAUGACUUCUCAGGCAAUAAAUAUGUCUGGCUAAGGGACCCCCAAAAGGCCUUUGUGCGGGGUCUAGUGCUGGAAGAAUUGGAAGGAGAUCAAUUACUGGUGCAGACAGACGAUGGGGAUCAACGAGAAGUGGAUGCCGAUCAAGUUGACAAAGUUAAUCCCGCCAAGUUCGACAAGGCUGAUGACAUGGCCGAAUUAACACACUUGAACGAGGCGUCCGUGGUUCAUAACCUCCACACCAGGUAUCAGUCAGAUUUGAUCUAUACAUAUUCCGGGCUGUUUUUGGUAACAAUCAACCCAUAUUGCCCACUUCCAAUCUAUACAAAUGAAUAUGUGAAGAUGUAUAAAGGCCGCGGGAGGGAGGAGACCCGACCGCAUAUCUUCGCUAUGGCAGAUGAAGCGUUCAGAAACCUGGUGGAGGAAGGUGAAAACCAAAGUAUUCUCGUAACUGGUGAAUCUGGUGCUGGUAAAACCGAAAACACCAAAAAGGUUAUUCAAUAUCUCGCAGCAGUUGCGACCUCCGAUACACCCUAUGGCCGGUCAGGCACGAAGCAGCUGUCUAAUCUCUCCCAACAAAUCCUCCGCGCCAAUCCCAUCCUUGAAGCCUUCGGAAACGCACAAACCGUUCGUAACAACAAUUCAUCUCGAUUCGGAAAAUUUAUCCGGAUUGAAUUCUCACGGUCGGGCCAAAUCUGCGGAGCAUGGAUUGAUUGGUACCUGCUUGAGAAAUCACGAGUUGUGAAACCCAACCGCAACGAGCGGAACUACCAUAUUUUCUAUCAGCUGCUGCAAGGUGCCGACAGGAAGACGCGGGAUAAGCUCCUACUAAAUGGCCUUCAAAUAGAGGACUUUGCCUACACCAGGGAUGGUAAUGACUCUAUCGUCGGUGUUUCUGACGAGGACGAGUGGAACUCUCUGAUUGAAGCUUUUCAUGUCAUGAACUUCUCGGAGGAAGAUCAGCUGUGUAUCUUACGUACUAUUGCAGCUGUGCUCCAUUUAGGCAAUGUCACGAUUGCCAAGGAGAGCGUACGUGCUGAUCAGGCUGCUCUGGGACCCAAUGGAUAUGCUAGUGUCGAGAAGGCCUGUCAAUUGUUAGGGAUUCCUGCAGAACCUUUCGUGAAAGGGCUAUUGCAUCCGAAAGUCAAAGCUGGACGUGAGUGGGUCGAAAAAGUGCAAACUCCUGAACAAGUUCGCCUUGCACUGGAUGCCCUAUCUAAGGGUAUUUAUGAGCGUGGCUUUGGAGAUCUAGUUACUCGCAUCAACAACCAGCUUGGUCGGUCCAUGGCUGAUGAUAAUUACUUUAUUGGGGUUCUCGAUAUUGCUGGAUUCGAAAUCUUCGAAAACAACAGCUUUGAGCAGCUCUGCAUCAAUUACACCAACGAAAAGCUCCAGCAAUUUUUCAACCAUCACAUGUUUGUCUUAGAACAAGAGGAAUAUGCCCGCGAACAAAUUGAGUGGCAGUUCAUUGACUUCGGAAAGGAUCUCCAGCCGACUAUUGAUUUGAUUGAAUUGACCAAUCCGAUCGGUAUUUUCUCCUGCCUCGAUGAGGAUUGUGUGAUGCCGAAGGCAACAGAUAAAACGUUCACCGAGAAGCUGCAUUCCCUUUGGGAUCGGAAAACUCCUAAAUAUCGCUCGUCUCGUUUGAAUCAAGGUUUCAUUCUUACUCAUUAUGCUGCGGAGGUCGAAUACACGACUCACGACUGGCUUGAGAAGAACAAGGAUCCCAUGAAUGAUAAUAUUACUCGUCUCCUGGCGGCAUCAGAGGAGCCACACGUGGCUAAUCUAUUCUCGGACUGCGCUGAAUCCGAGGAUGGAGGCGACAAUCCUCGAAACCGGGUGAAGAAAGGUUUGUUCCGGACUGUCGCCCAAAGACACAAGGAGCAGCUGUCCAGUCUCAUGACCCAGCUCCAUUCGACUCAUCCUCAUUUCGUUCGUUGUAUUUUGCCCAACCAUAAGAAGCGACCAAAGAUGUUGCAUGCUCCAUUGGUCCUAGACCAAUUGCGUUGCAAUGGUGUGCUGGAAGGUAUUCGAAUUGCUCGAACUGGAUUCCCGAACCGUCUGUCUUUCGCUGAGUUCCGACAACGCUACGAAGUACUGUGCCAGAACAUGCCUAAGGGGUAUGUUGAAGGACAAAGUGCGGCUCGCAUCAUGUUAGAGAAGCUCGGUAUGGAUCGGGCCUGGUAUCGUGUUGGUAGGACCAAGGUUUUCUUCAGGGCUGGUGUUCUGGCAGACCUGGAGGAAAAGCGAGACCAGCUCAUCCGAAGCAUCAUGACUCGGUUCCAAUCCUUGGCUAGGGGAUUUGUCCAACGCCGCAUCUCCAACAAGCGUCUUUAUCGUGCUGAAGCUACCCGCAUCAUUCAGCAAAACUUCCAUGCCUAUUUGGAACUCAAGGGCAGCCCGUGGUGGGGACUGUUUUCCAGAAUGAAGCCUAUGUUGGGAGAUACUCGGACCGCGAAAGAGGUCAAGAAAAGAGAUGACAAGAUAAAAGAAUUGGAGAUGAAGAUGAAGCAGGAACUCUCUGACCGACAAAAGCUUGAUGAGGAGAGGCGGCGAACUGAGAUGGAAAUUCACAAGAUCCAGCAGACGUUGGAAAGCGAGCGUGCCCUCGCUCUUGACAAGGAAGAGAUUUUCAAACGUCUCCAACUCCGUGAAGGAGAGCUUGCCGAGAAGCUGUCAGAGGCUAUCGCCGACCAAGAGAAGCUUGAGGAGCAAUUAGAUGAGCUUGUGGAUGCGAAGAAGAAAACCGACGAGCAAUUGCAACUUCGAAUCACUCAGCUUGAGCAGGCAGGCCUAAUUAUCCAGCAACUCGAAGCCGAGAAGAAUGAUUUGCAAGCGCGCCUGGAGAACCUGGCUUCCCAAUUAGCCGAGACGGAGGGAAGGUUCUCCGGAAAGGACAACCAGAUCCAGGAGCUCACCCAAGAGAUCAAGAUGCUCCAGAGUCAUUUGAAUCUGAAGGACCGUAAGCUUCAGGACCUCGAAGCGAAGCUGUUGAAGACCGAUCAGGAUUUGGAUAUUAAGCUUGCCAAUACCUCAAAAGAACUCGACAAAUCUAAGAAGCAGCUCCGUGACGCAGUCAAUGAGAACCAAUCUAUCCGCCUCCAAAUUACGGAGCUAUCCUCCACGACUACUAGCUACGAGGACCUUCUCCGACGCAAGGAAAGUGAAUUGGCCGUUCUUCGGAACGAUGUCCAAAAGCACGGUGAAGACAGCAGGGCUAUGGAGGCCGAAAGGAAAUCUCUCUCAACACGACACGACGAUAUGCAGCGACGUCUUCGCGAAGUGCAGGCAGAGCGAGAUGCCAUGCGGUCAGAAAAAGCUCAACUAGAGCGAGAGGCUGCUGACGUCAAACGGUUGCUGGAGGAGAAGCGGUCAGAGGAUGCAGAAGCAGGUGAAAGCAGAAAACUCUUGGAGCAGCAGGUCCACAACCUGAAGGAACAGCUCUUCAAAGCCGAGGCAGAUCUUAGUAGGGAGCGCCAAUCUCGAGAUGACGUCCAGAUGCUCGCUGAGCACAACUUCGCCGAGUUGACCACUAAGUACAACUCCCUCAAUGAUUCUAAAAUCGAGAUCGAGAAAGAGAUGUACAUUCAGCAGGAUAGCCUUCGCCGUGCUACUGAGGCUCGUGUUUCAGCCGAGAGUUCUCGGAAAAAUCUCCAGUCUGAGUUGAUCAAGCUUCGUGAGCGGUUCACUGAACUUGAAAACGCCCGUCUAAACGCGGAGGCCGAUAUUGAGCGCAAUAUCAAACGACAGGCCGAGGAUCGUAUCGUUAGCAUUCGAGCAGAUCUCGAGGAAAAAGUGCAGCUGUUGGAAGAUAUCGAAUCAGAGCGCUACAACCUCUCAAUUCGUGUACAGCAGCUCGAACAGGCGAUUUCAGAAUCUGACAACUUCCGCAUUCGUCACGAUCAGCAUAAAGAGCGUCUUGAGAGAGAACUCGUCACUCUCCGAGGUCGAUUGACAGCGUCCGAGAACGAUAACCGAUCGCUCCUUACCAAGAUUCAACAAAAGAAUCUUGACAUUGCACGGUCGAAUUCAAAGGCUAGCGAUAACAAUCGCCUUAGAUUAGCUUCUCUGCAAAAGGAAAAGACCAAGCUGGAAGAUGAGAAUAAGAAGCUUGAGAAACAGCUCGGCGAGUCGCAGCUAACGAUCAACUCCCUCGAGAAGCAAAAGGAGAAGCUGUCUUUAAGCUUGGAAGAUCUCAACCAUGAGGUUACUCGGGAGCACAAGACCAGCCGGAAUGCUGAAAAGGCUGCCUCAACUGCCAACAUCCAGCUUUCGGAGGCCAAUCGAAAUCUUGAAAACGAACGACAGCUGCGAAGUCAGGCUCAAGCAAACACACGGCAGGUGCAGGGCACGCUGGAUCGAGCCAACAAAGAGAUCGAGGACUUACAUCGCCAACUGAUUCUCUUGCAUCGAGUCUUCGAGCCGGAGGCGUCCGAGGCUGCCAAGUCAUGGGAGGCUGUUCAGCCACACCUUUCUAAACAGGUUGACCUAGCGCAAAUCCUUGACACCGUUCAGCAUAAGCUUCAGGUAACGGAGGAAAAAUACUCAAGAGCUGAAAGCCAGCUUUCAGAGAUGCGUCGUCGCCACGCUGAUGAAAUGAAGGAGCUUGAUUUGAAAUAUUCAUCCUCCAAACGGGCAUUACUCGAAGAAAUCGAUCAGAAUGAAGUUGCGAACAACCGUGCUCCUGCUCACUUCCGAAAGAACUCUGAAAAUGCUUUGAAGCGGAUCUCGAACCCAUCUACUCCGAAUCGUCGGUACAACAAUGUUUACGAAGGUGCCAACGACUCAGCACGUUCGGAUAGAACAGUUGACACCGUGGGUUAUCAACGACGGAUGGACACUGCAGCUGAGAUUGAAGAGCUGCAGAACAGACUUCAGAUGACCGAGAUGCAAAAUAAACACCUACAGAGCCAACUUGAACAAUCCACACCAUCUCGGGACAUCUGGCAGGAUGAGAGCCCCUCGAUGCGUCGCAUGCAACUUCUCGAGCGUGAGAAUGGCCGUCUUCAUGGCCAACUUGAUGACUCUGCCAAGAAAUGUUCGGCCUUAGAGCGUAGCAUUCGCUCUGGGGAGUUGUCGCUCCGCGACGUGCAAGCCAAAUCUCAUGAAGAACUGUACGACCUGAUCAACUCCCAAGAGCAGUCUCGGCGAUCUUUGCUCAAGGUUCAUAACGACGCUCUGGCUGAGUUUGGCGAGGCUAAAUCACACAACGAAAAGCUCAAACGCAGCAAGGCUGCCGUGGAAGUUGAACUUCGUGAUGCACGUUCCGAGGCUCAAGAACUGCAAUCUGUCCGCGAUCAGGAUAUCGCUAGCCGGAACCAGCUUCUCCAGGAGUUCUCAGAUUUGCAAAUUCGCCUUGACGCCGAGACAUCCCGAACUGCCGAUCUGGAAUCUAGUCUGAGCUUGUACAAGAGCCGCUCCGACGAGUACUUCAGCAAACUUGAGCAAGCUGAGAUUGCCGUGCUCAAAGCCAGCCGGGCUGAACAAUUUGCGAAGUCGCGAUGCCAAGAGGCUGAAGAUACAUAUGCUCAGAUCUUAUCUGAGCGGAAGGAGAUGGACGCCCUUGUCGAGGACUUGCAACGACAGACCCAAUCUCUGGAAGCUCGGAUGGAGGACCAAGCGGCAGAGCUCCAAGGUGCUUUGCAGGCCAAACAGCGCCUUCAAAAUGAGCUCGAGGAUUACCGAAACCAGCGCGCCAUUGAUCUUGAAGACAAAGAGACUUCAAUGGAACAAACGCGGCAGAAGUACCAGCGCGAGUUCUCGACCAUUAAUGGUGAGCUCGAGAUGGAGCGUGAGCGAUUGCUUAACGUCCGUGGCGAGAAUUCUCGACUGCGCGAAGAAUUAGAGGAUCUUCGCAGCAAGUGGGACAAUGAAGUGCUCAAUAGUUCCACCUGGGCCAAGGAGAAAGCUCGAAUGGAUCUUGUCAUGCAAGAUAUCACGAACUCCCGUGACGAGGCUGCCAAGGCUCAUAGCGAAGCACAAGGAAAGGUCGUGUCCCUUUUGUCCAGGGUGCGGACUCUCCAGACAUCGAUCGACGAUUUUACGGCCGAACGUGACCUGCUUCUGAAGGAUAAGAAGAUGUUGGAGGGUCGUCUGGCCGAGGCGGGGGAGCGGCUCGAGGACCUUGCUAAGGGCGAAAGCCCCUCUAUGCGCAAUGCUGCAAGCAUGGAUCGAGAGCUCCUGGAACUCAAGUCCAAGUUAGCUCAGCAGGAAGAUGUUUCAUCUGCGGCAGUUGGCAAGAUGCGCCGUGCUGAUGCCCUGGCCACUGAAAUGCAGAAAGAGCUCACAGCCGAGCGCGAAACCAACACUGGACUCUUCAAGGAGAAGGCAGCAUUGGAGAAACAACUAAAGGAGGUGCAACUCCGAUGCGUGGAUCUUGAGACUAAGAGCUACUCUUCGGGUAGCCAGGACGUAAGAUUCUUGCACAAGCGGAUCAAGGAGCUCGAAGCCCAUCUCGAAGAGCAGGAGAGCAAGCACACUGCUGAGCAGCGCUCUCUCCGGAACGUCGAUCGCACUGUCAAAGACCUCCAGUCCCAGAUCGAACGUCGGGAUAAGACAAAUGCCCAGCUCAAUGAUGAUAUUAACAAGGCUCGGGACAAGAUUGAGAGGCUCCUUCACAAUAUCGAGGAGCUUCAGCAAGGCGAUACCGAGACACAGCUCCAAGCGCGUCGUGCAGAACGGGAACUUCGUGAAGAACGUGAGAAGGCACUAUAUCUGGAACGCGAGCUGGAAGGAUACAAGGCGGUACGUGUUGACUGGAAUAACACUCGCCAGCCGAUGGCCCCGCUUAGCGAUGCGGGCAGUCGUCGUGGUAGUGCAGCAUAUGGGUACAAUGAAACGGCUCUCCAACGCAAGCCUAGCAACACCAAAGGCUUCUUGUGA